CGCGAUUAGCCGCACAGUUUGGCGUUCGUUUGCCUGUUGGAACGUAGCAGACGCGCGCAAGGUCAGAAAACAGUAUUAUAAUGAUAUCUACUUUAAUAACAGCUUCAGUUAAAAAGGUGGGUCAUGAGUGACUAAUCCAGCGUACACAUCCAGCAUGUUGACCGCAGGCAAAGCAUGCGCCUUUCUGGCGGCGAAGCGGCUCCUGGCCGUGUCCAGCUCCGCACCUGCAGGCCUAGAUCAGCCUUGCUGCUCAAGACUCUUUCACACAUCCAGAUCACACAAACGUGACGUAGAGCUUCACGAGGCUUGGGCCGCUCUGGCCAAGAAACAGCUUAAAGGGAAAAACCCUGAAGAUUUGAUCUGGCACAGUCCAGAGGGCAUCGCCAUCAAACCCGUGUACACUCAGGUCGAUACGGCGGAGGUUAAAGAUGAGCUGCCUGGCGUGUUCCCCUACUCUAGAGGGCCCUACCCUACCAUGUACACGUAUAGACCCUGGACCAUAAGACAGUACGCUGGCUUCAGCACAGUUGAGGAGAGCAACAGAUUUUACAGGGACAAUAUCAAAGCGGGUCAGCAAGGCCUGUCUGUGGCCUUUGACCUCCCCACACACAGAGGCUAUGAUUCGGACAAUCCCAGAGUCCAUGGCGAUGUGGGCAUGGCCGGAGUGGCCAUCGACACGGUGGAGGACAUGAAAAUGCUGUUUGACGGAAUUCCUCUGGAGAAGAUGUCUGUGUCCAUGACCAUGAACGGUGCAGUGAUUCCCAUCCUGGCCAUGUUCAUCGUGACAGGGGAGGAGCAGGGCGUGGACAAGGCCAAACUCACCGGCACCAUCCAGAACGACAUCCUUAAAGAGUUCAUGGUCCGAAAUACGUACAUCUUUCCUCCUGAGCCCUCCAUGCACGCCAUCGCUGAUAUAUUCGCCUACACUUCAAAGAACAUGCCCAAGUUUAACUCCAUCUCAAUCAGUGGCUAUCAUAUACAAGAGGCCGGGGCCGAUGCCGUCCUGGAGCUGGCCUACACUAUUGCUAAUGGACUGGAGUACUGCAGAACUGGUCUAAAGGCAGGCCUCACCAUUGAUGAAUUUGCACCCAGGCUGUCUUUCUUUUGGGGUAUUGGUAUGAACUUUUAUAUGGAGAUAGCCAAGAUGAGAGCUGCACGGCGUCUUUGGUCUACGUUAAUUAAAGAAAAGUUCCAGCCCAAGAACUCCAAAUCUCUACUUUUAAGGACUCACUGUCAGACAUCAGGAUGGUCUCUGACCGAGCAGGACCCCUAUAACAAUGUGAUCCGUACAGUGAUCGAGGCCAUGGCUGCAGUAUUUGGAGGUACACAGUCACUUCAUACCAAUUCUUUUGAUGAAGCACUGGGAUUGCCCACGGUGAAGAGUGCACGUAUCGCCCGCAACACCCAGAUCAUCAUCCAGGAGGAGUCCGGCAUCCCGAAAGUAGCUGACCCCUGGGGUGGCUCCUACAUGAUGGAGGCACUUACAAAUGAUGUAUAUGACGCAGCCCUUAAGCUCAUCAAUGAGAUCGAGGAGAUGGGAGGAAUGGCUCGAGCCGUGGCUGAAGGAAUCCCGAAACUACGAAUUGAGGAGUGUGCAGCGCGCAGACAAGCUCGUAUCGAUUCAGGUUCUGAGGUCAUUGUGGGGGUCAACAAGUAUCGUCUUGACAAAGAAGAAACUGUGGAAGUGUUGGCCAUUGAUAACACUACAGUGCGACAAAAGCAGAUAGAGAAGCUCCAGAAGGUGAGGGAGAACAGAGAUGGCGAGGUGGCGGAAAGGUGCCUGGCUGCUAUAACGCAAUGUGCUCAAACCAGGGAUGGAAAUCUGCUGGGGCUCGCUGUGGAGGCUGCCAGGGCAAGGUGUUCUGUGGGUGAGAUCACAGAUGCAAUGAAGCUUGUUUUCGGGGAGCACAAGGCCAGUACACGCAUGGUGAGCGGAGCAUACCGCAGCGAGUUCGGUGAGCAGGAAGAGAUCACCCACUCAUAUAAUCGGGUUGUGCAAUUUAAGAAGCAUGAAGGCAGAAAUCCGCGUUUGCUGGUUGCCAAAAUGGGACAGGACGGACAUGACAGAGGAGCCAAGGUCAUUGCCACGGGAUUCGCUGACCUAGGUUUUGAUGUGGAUAUUGGACCACUUUUUCAGACCCCGCGAGAGGUGGCUCAGCAGGCUGUCGAUGCAGAUGUGCAUUGCGUCGGUGUUAGCACCCUGGCAGCCGGACACAAGACCCUCGUUCCUGAACUCAUUAAGGAACUGCGUAAUCUAAACCGUCCAGAUAUCCUGGUGAUUUGCGGUGGAGUCAUCCCCCCACAGGACUACGAGUUUUUGUAUGAAAGUGGCGUCUCCUGUAUUUUUGGUCCCGGGACCAGAAUCCCGCAAGCUGCAUUGGAGGUCAUCGAUAACAUAGAGAAGAGUCUGGAAAAGAAUCGUCAAGCUAUGUAACUGGAACUGAACAGUACUCUGUACACUACUUACAUGUAUGAUGGGGUAUGAUUUCAUCCAUGUUGUAGAAAUCUCAAGGAAUGUGAUUAUUAAGCAUUAAUGUGUCACUGGUUUAUAUUCCACCACUGCUUUACUCUAGAGAUUACAGUAAAAAAUAUCUGUCUGCUGGGAUAGUGUGAUUGUGUAAAAACACCUAAACACAUAUUCUUCUGAAUAAUCACUAAGAAGUGGUCAUGAAAGCUAUCAUUGCUUAAUUUGUGCUAUUUUAUGGUAUUUCAUUGAUGGAUGUUACUGUUUUGAUCACACAAUAUAUUUGAUUGAUUAACAAACUCUUUAUUUCUUGCUCAGAAGCAUCAUUUAUGACUUUUGUAAUGUCUACUAGAUUAAGUGAGCACAUUUUAUUGGCCCUUUAUCAUUAUCAAUGGUAAAUGGCCAUAUACAAACAGAAUAUUAAAUAUAUACAUGGCCAUUAUACAUGUAACAACUGUAUGUAUAUGAUUGAGGCUAAGUGUAUUAAAUAAUUCUUUAUAAAAAUGUAGAUGCAUGGUAUUAUUUUGCUCAUUAUGCUCAGUGAUUUACGUUUUUCAUCAGUGCCCUAUAGAGGUUGAGCUUUAAGUCCUGUCCUGCCUUCAUCUACAGUUUAAAAGAAUAUGUAUCUAUAGUACAUGAUUUUUGUUUUAAAAUUUAAAUCGAUGACUAAAAGUGCUUCUGUUUGGAGUUCUUUUUAAUUUUUUGCCUAAUGUUUUUAUUACAACUGAUCAUAAUUAGCAACAAAAUGAAUGAAAAGUAGAAUCUUAAAAAUUUGAUGAACGAAAGUUAAACAGCAGCGCCUUCUGAACACCGGGCUUUUAGGUGCAGGGCUUUAGACAUUUAGCGUUAACAGCACCAAAAACAGAAAACAAGCUUCUACGCUCUUUUUAAAAAAAAGAUAUUUGGUUUUAUCAUGAAAUGAAUGAACAGAUGAUAUGUGGAUUUUUCCAGCAUCAUUUUGUGAAUUUUAUUAUUAUUAUGUUUAACACAUUUCAUGAUGGCUUCCUCUCACACUCUCUCAGUGCUCUGGGACCGGUAAUGGUUAUUGAUCAAUAAAUGCAGUGAGUAGAAUUAAAACGCAUCACAUACAAAAAUACUUAAGUAAAAUACAGAUUUAGGAUAAAAAUACUUAUUUAUUUUACAAAUACUAGUACAGUAUUUGGGCUGAUGCCUAACACAUGCUUCUUUCAGUCAUGUGUAACUAGCCGACUACAUCUUUUUAAACUGCUGCAUAAAACACAUUCAGGAAACAGCAGGUUGAUUGAAGGAUUGAUUAGAGGAUUGACUGGAGGAUUGAGGAUUGAAUGAUUGAUGGACUAAAAUUAUGCCUGAGCAUAAUUUUGGUCAUUUACUUCCAGACGGGUGGCUGUGAAAGCACAUAGCGUUCAAGCUCACUAUCUCUGGGGGAUAGUGUUGGGCUUUUAUGUUGUUACUUGGGGUCCUUAUUUCAGAUUUUAGGAGAAGUAAUGUUUCAGUAAAUACCCUUUUCAGUAUACAGGUAUACAUCUGCCUGCUGCCAGGGUGCUUUCUUGGUACUUGAUGUAAAGCAUUCUUGUGCUGUUUCACUGUAUGCCCUAGAUAUGAAUCUUUUCACAAUUGACUUUCAGGCCUAGAGCCAGCACAUGUGAGAUCAGGAGUUUUUUAUAGGUGAUUUCUUGAUGUCAGCAGCAAGUCAUUGAGGGUGCAAACUGACCUCACUGUUACAGGAGCAAUGUACCACAUUUUGCAUACAUGUUUGGUGCAAAGGUGGUGGUUGCUCCAGAGCAAAGGAUCUCAGGACAACAGAGUGCCAGGUCUAUUGAUGCAUCAUGCACACAUAUUAACACAAUCAUUGUCUAAGGAUGACUCAAAAAUGACCCUCAAUCUGGCUGUAGAUUUAGUUUUAAUAAAUUUUUAUUAAUAAAUGUUUUUUUGAAUAACAUUUCUUUCUUUUCAAAUCACUUUGUCGAUCAGUUGACAAGCUUUCAUAUUCCCUCAUUAAAAAAGUUUUAGCUAGGGCUGCAAGUCACGAAUGCACCACUGUCCUCACUUCUUCAUCAGAAGUGAAUCUUCGUCAUCAUACGGAAUGCUUUCAGGGAAGCAAAUAAAACCCAUAUAAACCACUGGACCAAACUUUGUCCUUUUUUCGAUUGUGAGGUAGGAACUACCCACUGCACCUCCAUGAUGAUCAAUAAUGUACAAAGUAAAAUGACCAGUGACACUAUAUAAGCUUUUAGGCCACCUCAAAUGACAUGGCUCUUACCUCUAAUCUCUCAGUCAAUAAAAUUGAUACCCUUCAUUUGGAUUUAUUGCUGUAUUGAUCCAUCUGUCACUAAAUUAAACAUCUGUAGAAUCACUGUGAACAUAAAUCCUAAAUAGUAAUUAUUGUGCUAAGCAUGUUUGUGGUAGAAGUGACCCCAUAAGGACCCUUGGGUAAUAUGGCCGCUGGUCACUCAGAUUAUUAAUUUACCUUCACCUUUCGUCCAGGCAGAUAUGAAAUAAAAACUGAUUAUGUGGACAUUUUUGAGCAGCCUGUUGAUCGGGUAUAAAGAACAGGGUAUUACAGUGACUAGUCCAUGGACUGCACCUAUAUUUAGUUGCAUCAUAAGCAUUAAUAUUAGUAAUGUC